CAAGACUACAGCUGAUCCCAACUUUCCCUUUUUUUUGGUCCAUGCUGGCUAAAUGGUGGCUCCUGUCUUUCUCUGGCUUCUGCAUCUUUUGCAUGCCUCGCUAGCGUUUCUGACAACAAAGUUUCAAAGACGCCGAUAUUUCCACCCUCAACCGUUAACUGCGUACCGCAGCAAGCUACCAAAACACUUGGCGAUCAUUCUGGUCUCCUAUGACGCGGCAAAUUCAAAGCACACAGAAGAACUGUAUUUGGAAUGCUUAGUUAGGGUUGUUAAAUGGUGUAGAGCUUUAGGUAUAGAGCAGCUUACCGCAUAUGAUGCCGAGGGUACACUGUUAAGGUGCUCUGACAUUAUCCAGGAACGCCUAACACAUCAUGAUGAUCUACCCACCGACGAGAGUGACUCAGAACUCGAAUAUCCGUUGACUCCUCCACUUUCUGAGGCCUCAGAAUCAAGAAGCCAUUCGCCCGACUUUGAAGACUUGUCUGUACAACUCAAUGUUACAACGGUAUGCUCCUUCAGGAAAGGCGCUCCGCAUCGUAGGCCAAGAGAAGUUGCGGUUCGCCGACGAGCGCACCACAAGCAUUCUCAUUGUGAUCCUCUGACACUCCAUAUAAUUUCACGCAGUGCUUCAAAAGCUGCCAUUGCAUCUGCUGCACGUUUCCUUUUAGAUGAAGAAGUUCGCAGGCGCCAGAACAGUCAGGACCUGGAUCACGUCAAGGCAUACGAGCUUCCUAUAUCUGAAUUGAACUCGAUGUUAGAAGGAGGUCUGCCAUCACCAGACUUCAUGAUUAUCCAUCAUAUCCGCUCGCAGGAUUCCCCACCUCCUCUCGAACUACACGGUUUUCCUCCGUGGCAGAUUGCGCUGACAGAAAUCCACCGAACUAUCGCUCGUGACGUCGCUCCCCUGAUAUCAAACGUAAUCACCGAGGAAGCAUUCUGUCGUGCCUUGGACGAGUACGCCGGGGCUCAGUUUCGAUUGGGGAGGUAAUUUCAUCCUGACAGUAGUCUUGCUGUGCGGCGCUCGGACACGUGUUUGAGGUUCCUAGCAACGACGCAUAUGUUGACAAGAUACUUAGAUUAUUGUUCAUUCUAAUUGGAAAUUGAGAGCGGUUCUCUUCAAA